GGUGGUGCACAACUUCACGUGCUUACCUUCUUCCUCAUUCAAGUAGCUAGAUAGAGCCAUAGAAAGCAACGUCUAUUUAAGAACCCAGCCUCUCAACACUAGGAGUAGUAGCUCUUAUUUACUUCCUUCCCCUUUGGGUACGUGUGCCUUGACCGUCAAAUAUUAUUUGUUUUGAUUAAUCAAAAACUACUUUUCGUAAAAAAUUCAGAUUGAGAGAUCGAGAGAGGUAUCAUACAAAAUCAACAUCCAUCCAUGGCCACUCAGCAUAUCGGAAAGAAGACUGCGUGCGUCGUCGGCGGCACCGGCUUCGUCGCUUCUUUGCUGGUCAAGCUCUUGCUGGAGAAGGGCUAUGCCGUCAACACCACUGUUAGGGACCCAGACAAUGAGAAGAAGAUCUCUCACCUCAUAGCACUACAAGAUUUGGGGGACCUAAAAAUAUUUGGAGCAGAUCUAACUGAUGAAGGAUGCUUUGACGCUCCCAUAGCAGGUUGUAACCUUGUGUUCCAUCUUGCAACACCUGUUAACUUUGCUUCAGAAGAUCCAGAGAAUGACAUGAUCAAGCCAGCAAUCCAAGGGGUACAUAAUGUUUUGAAAGCAUGUGUGAGAGCAAAAACUGUUAAACGUGUCGUUUUGACAUCAUCUGCAGCUGCUGUAACUAUCAACAAGCUCAAUGGGACUGGUUUAGUCAUGGACGAAAGCCACUGGACCGACGUUGAGUUUUUGAGCACUGAGAAGCCACCUACUUGGGGUUAUCCUGCUUCCAAGACACUGGCCGAGAAAGCAGCUUGGAAAUUUGCUGAAGAAAAUGGUAUUGAUCUCAUCACAGUGAUUCCUACUCUUAUGGCUGGUGCUUCUCUCACUCCGGACGUCCCCAGCAGUGUUGGUCUAGCUAUGUCUCUAAUUACAGGCAAUGAAUUCCUCAUAAAUGCAAUGAAAGGUAUGCAAAUGCUGUCAGGCUCAAUAUCUAUCACACAUGUGGAGGAUGUUUGCCAGGCCCAAAUAUUUUUGGCUGAGAAAGAAUCUGCUUCUGGUCGAUACAUAUGCUGUGGUGUCAAUACCAGUGUUCCUGAGCUUGCACAGUUUCUCAAUAAAAGAUAUGCUCACUACAAAGUCCCAACUGAUUUCGGAGAUUUUCCCGCCAAGGCCAAGUUGGCCUUAUCUUCAGAGAAGCUUAUCAAAGAAGGGUUCAGCUUUAAGUACGGGAUUGAAGCAAUUUAUGAUCAAACCGUGGAGUAUUUCAAAGCCAAGGGCCUGCUGCAGAACUAAGUGGUUUUUUGUUCCUCUUCAAGAAUCUAGUGAUGCUCUACUUUUUUUUUUUUUUUUGGGUGAUGCUCAAUGCUUGGCUGUAUGCAGUAUUGUAUAAUAACAUCUAAAAAAUUUGCUUGAGUUUCGCAUGGUAGACUUGUCGUUUACCAAGAAUAUAAAGCAAUCUAGCAGCUCUGCUUGAAAAUAUCAGGAACCUAAAGCUAUCAAAUAAUCAUGCUUGAAGAAGUCAAAACUAUUGAAAUACAUCACAUCUGCUUUACCAGCCAAACCAGUGGCUGAUAUGCAUUUGCGAGGUAAGACUUUGUAUCUCA